GGGCCACCGCCAUGGGCAACGCGGGCAGCAUGGACUCGCAGCAGACGGACUUCAGGGCGCACAGUAUGCCGCUCAAGCUGCCCAUGCCCGAGCCGGCCGAGCUGGAGGAGAGAUUCGCCGUGGUCUUGAAUGCAAUGAACUUGCCUCCUGACAAAGCAAGGUUACUCCGGCAGUAUGACAAUGAGAAGAAAUGGGAGCUGAUCUGUGAUCAGGAAAGAUUUCAGGUGAAGAAUCCUCCACACACUUAUAUCCAGAAAUUAAAAGGCUAUCUCGACCCAGCGGUAACUCGAAAGAAAUUUAGGAGGAGAGUUCAAGAAUCUACACAAGUACUACGAGAGCUAGAAAUUUCUUUAAGAACCAAUCACAUUGGUUGGGUCAGGGAGUUUUUAAACGAAGAGAACAAAGGCCUGGAUGUCUUGGUGGAGUAUUUGUCAUUUGCACAGUAUGCAGUCACAUUUGACUUUGAAAGCUUGGAAAACAAUAUGGAAAAUUCAGUGGACAAAUCUAAGCCUUGGAGCAGAUCCAUUGAAGACCUCCAUCGAGGAAGUAACUUGCCCUCUCCUGUUGGCAACAGUAUUUCCCGCUCUGGCAGACAUUCCACUCUACGGUAUAACACCUUACCAAGCAGAAGAACACUUAAAAAUUCACGACUAGUGAGUAAAAAGGAUGAUGUCCAUGUCUGCAUCAUGUGUUUGCGAGCCAUAAUGAACUACCAGUAUGGAUUCAAUAUGGUCAUGUCCCACCCCCAUGCUGUUAAUGAAAUUGCACUAAGCCUAAACAACAAGAACUCCAGAACAAAGGCCCUGGUCUUAGAACUCUUAGCAGCAGUAUGUCUUGUAAGAGGAGGACAUGAAAUUAUUUUGUCUGCAUUUGAUAACUUUAAAGAGGUUUGUGGAGAAAAACAGCGGUUUGAGAAGUUGAUGGAACAUUUCCGGAAUGAAGAUAACAAUAUAGAUUUCAUGGUGGCAUGCAUGCAGUUUAUCAACAUAGUGGUUCACUCAGUGGAAGACAUGAAUUUCAGAGUUCACCUCCAAUAUGAAUUUACAAAACUAGGUCUGGAUGAAUAUCUGGAUAAGCUGAAACACACAGAGAGCGAUAAGCUGCAGGUGCAGAUUCAAGCUUAUUUGGACAAUGUGUUUGAUGUGGGAGCUUUACUGGAAGAUGCUGAGACAAAGAAUGCUGCCUUGGAAAGAGUGGAAGAACUGGAAGAAAAUAUAUCUCAUAUAUCAGAAAAACUUCAAGACACAGAAAACGAAGCUAUGGCGAAGAUUGUGGAACUGGAAAAGCAACUCAUGCAAAGAAACAAAGAACUGGAUGUCGUUCGAGAAAUCUACAAGGAUGCAAAUACACAGGUCCACACGCUGAGAAAAAUGGUCAAAGAAAAGGAGGAGGCCAUUCAGCGGCAGUCAACACUGGAGAAAAAGAUCCAUGAACUGGAGAAGCAAGGGUCCAUUAAAAUUCAGAAGAAAGGAGAUGGUGAUAUUUCCAUUCUUCCUGUCGGGGUGGCUUCAGGGACAUCACCCUCGGGGUCCGAAGCUGCUGCUGGCACGUGCAUAGGGUCACUUUCUGGCCCUGUGUCUUCACUUCCAUUGCCGCCUCCUCCACCACCUUUACCACUGUCGACAGGGGAAUCAGAAGCGGUGCAAAAUGGCCCCGUGACAGCGCCUGCGCCUCCUCCACCACCUCCGCCUCCUCCACCACCUCCUCCUGCACCUCCUCUUCCUGGCCCAACUGCAGAAUCGGUGCCAGCUCCCCCAGUGGCACCCCCACCCCCUCCAUCAGCACCUCCUCUUCCGGGAACGGCCUCCCCUACGGUAGUUUUCAAUUCAGGAUUAGCAGCUGUGAAAAUCAAGAAGCCAAUUAAGACAAAAUUUCGCAUGCCGGUGUUUAACUGGGUGGCUCUGAAGCCUAAUCAGAUUAAUGGAACAGUCUUCAAUGAAAUUGAUGACGAAAGGAUCUUAGAGGAUUUAAAUGUGGAUGAAUUUGAAGAAAUAUUCAAGACAAAAGCCCAGGGCCCAGCCAUUGAUCUUUCUUCAAGCAAGCAAAUAACUCAGAAAGGAUCAAACAAAGUCACAUUAUUGGAAGCUAACAGGGCAAAAAAUCUUGCCAUCACCUUAAGAAAAGCUGGGAAGACUGCAGAUGAAAUAUGCAAAGCUAUUCAAGCAUUUGACCUGAAGACCUUGCCAGUCGAUUUUGUUGAAUGUCUGAUGAGGUUCUUGCCCACUGAGAAUGAAGUGAAAAUGUUGCGGCUCUACGAACGGGAGAGGAAGCCCCUUGAGAAUCUGUCGGAUGAAGAUCGGUUCAUGAUGCAGUUCAGCAAGAUUGAGAGGCUGAUGCAGAAGAUGACCAUCAUGGCAUUCAUCGGCAACUUCGCAGAAAGCAUCCAGAUGCUGACUCCACAACUCCAUGCAAUAAUUGCGGCAUCUGUCUCGAUAAAGUCAUCCCAGAAGCUCAAGAAAAUAUUAGAAAUAAUAUUGGCUCUUGGUAACUAUAUGAACAGCAGUAAAAGAGGAGCUGUUUAUGGGUUUAAACUACAGAGUCUAGAUCUGUUACUAGACACAAAAUCAACGGACCGGAAACAAACCCUUUUGCACUAUAUAUCAAACGUUGUGAGGGAGAAGUAUCAGCAAGUAUCGCUUUUUUACAACGAACUUCAUUAUGUGGAGAAAGCCGCUGCAGUAUCCCUCGAAAAUGUUCUGUUGGACGUCAAAGAACUCCAAAGAGGUCUGGAUUUAACGAAGCGCGAGUACACCAUGCACGACCACAAUACCAUGCUAAAGGAAUUCAUUCAGAACAACGAAGGGAAACUUAAAAAGUUACAGGAUGAUGCAAAAAUAGCCCAGGAUGCCUUUGACGAUGCUGUGAAAUACUUUGGAGAAAAUCCCAAGACGACACCCCCCUCAGUCUUCUUCCCUGUCUUUGUACGAUUUGUGAAGGCUUACAAACAAGCAGAAGAGGAGAACGAGCUGAGAAAAAAGCAAGAACAGGCACUAAUGGAAAAGCUGCUGGAGCAGGAAGCGUUGCUAGAGCAGCAAGACCAAAAGUCUCCUUCUCAUAAAACAAAGAGGCAGCAGCAAGAGCUGAUUGCAGAGCUAAGACGGCGCCAAGUCAAGGACAACAGACAUGUGUACGAGGGGAAAGAUGGAGCCAUUGAAGAUAUCAUUACAGCCCUAAAGAAGAAUAAUAUCACUAAAUUUCCAAAUGUUCACUCGAGGAUCUUAGAAACCAGCCCUACAGACGAGCCGAUGCGGUGAGGAGAAGCGUGAGGCGCCGUUUCGAUGAUCAGAACUUGCGUUCUCUCAACGGUGCUGAGAUAGCCAUGUGAACUGAACUGGGGAAACCCACAUGUGUAAAGUAGAAAGAGGGGGAUGACUGAUACCUUUGCCAUGAAAACUAUUAUGCAGACUACCAUUUUAAUUACGGCCUUGAUCACAGUACAUUAACUUUCCUUCUGAAGGGCUCACUAAUGCCAGGAAAUGCAUAGGAAUGCAGGAAAAAGAGAGAGAGAAAUGAGCUCUCUAUUCAGCUGUAGCUACCAAGUGCCUAAAUUCUGAAGAGCCUGCUCCAUUUAAUCAAAGCAAUAGGACAUUGAUUGGGUUUCUUUUUACACCAAUACAUUUGUGCAGUAUUCUUAACCAAAAUGUAAAAUACAUGUUGUAUUUUUUUCGUUGUUGUUACAUACAAUUUAAUGAAAGGUCUCCAGGAGGCCUUCAUUUCAUGACCAGUUGUAUAUAGAUACUACUACUGUGGACUUUUUAAAAUGGUUUUUAGUACAUUCCUGAGUGGGCUAACCGAGUUAUUUUCAUGAUCAGCUGUACAUUAGCUUUAUAUAUGCAUACGCAGGUAUAUGCAUACGUAAGGGCUUGCUGUAUGUAAAGGGGGAACCC